UUCAAAAGAGUAGGAUGUGACAGAUAAAGAAUUAGGGUUUAAGGUUUUGGCACCCACUAAUCUCCUUUCUCUCAGAAGAGGCGCACUUCAAGAACAGUAUCAUCAACAAUGCCGCGAACAACCACUGUAGAGUGCGCUGGUUGCCCUCCGCUUCGAGCCUUAACUUUCGAUACACUUGGUCUAAUUAAAGUGGUAGAGUCUCGUGGUGAUCGAGGAAUCCCUCAAGUGGUAGAGAGAUGGGGUAAUCCAGACGCCUCUAAAUGCGUGCUUGCUGUUUCUUUGGAUGACAGUAAGAAAGACCCUUUAUUAGCUGUUGCUAGGAAAAGCGGUGUGAUUGAAGUACUCAAUCCACUUAAUGGUGAAAUUGAUGUUUCCAUUUCUAAUGUCGGUGAUGCUGGUGCUCAACCUGAGGAUGAUGCUGUUGUUGGUUUGCAUUUUCUCAAAAGACAAAGAUUAUCCGGGUCAUGCACUUUGCUUACAUGUACAACUAAAGGAAAUGCAAGCAUGAGGUGCAUUGAAGUUACCGGUUUGACUGCAGAUAAUGCCAGUACUGGUGCUUCUAGAACCUGGAAAGUUUGUGCUUCUGGUAAUAUUUUAUGCUCUGAACUGGAUGGAAAUGAAAACUAUGCUUUAUUUGGAGGGAAAGCUGUGGAAGUCAAUCUAUGGGAUCUAGAGAAGUGUUCUAAGAUUUGGACUGCAAAACCACCCCCUAAAAACAGCCUCGGUAUUUUUACUCCAACAUGGUUUACAUCUGCAACAUUCCUGACUAAUGAUGAUCACCGUAAAUUUGCAGCUGGCACCAACAGCCAUCAGGUUCGUCUGUAUGACACUUCUGCUCAGCGCAGACCUGUAAUUUCAUUUGAUUUCCGUGAGGCCCCAAUUAAAGCAGUCACUGCAGAUCAAGAUGGCCACACAAUAUAUAUAGGAAAUGGGUCUGGUGAUCUUGCUUAUGUUGACAUACGCACAGGGAAAUUAUUAGGAUGCUUUUUGGGGAAGUGUUCUGGUAGCAUCAGAUCCAUUGCCAGGCAUCCUGAGCUCCCUGUGAUAGGAUCUUGUGGUCUUGAUAGCUAUUUGCGCUUGUGGGAUAUAAAGACACGGCAACUUCUUUCAGCAGUUUUCCUGAAGCAGCAUCUUACUAAUGUUGUUUUUGAUUCCAAUUUUACUGACAGAGAAGUUGCAGUGGAAGCACAGAAUGCGAGUGAGAUCCAAAAUGAGAACGAGAUGGGAACAGUGCCUGCAAAAAGAAGCAAAACAUCUAAAGAAAAAGGAAGCAAAAGGAAGGCAUCUAAAGAAAAAGAUGGAAGCAAGAGGUUAAAAUCCAAGGAAAAGAGCCACUGAUGAAUGGCAAUUUUUGAUUACCUGCUUGUACCAUGAACGUGGUGAAGAAUGGGAUCAUGCACUGUGAUUAGAUGGUGCUACAACAGGAUCACAUGGCCAUGGUCGUGCAACAUUUUUGCGAUCCAAGUGGCAGGGGAACACUCGCUUGCCUUUUUCUGCCGUUUGUACUUGAAUGUAACAAAAUCAUUUGUGCGAUGAGUCAUUAAUGCAAUAGAUUUUGAUCUCUAUCAUCUCUCGUUGAUUUCAAUUGUAACAAGAAAUUGCGUCAAUUUACUUUAAUAGGCAAAGUCAGUUUCUACGAAA